UGGAGUGAGAGGAGACACAGAGCACGUGGCGCUGGUGUCGCUGCUUGGUUGGAGCUGACGCCGCUGACCACACACCCCGCGUGGGCGGCUACUCCGGCCGCAGAAGCGGGAGACGCGGAAGCCGCGGGUGGCCCCGGGGGAGGGAGGGGAGAGGCUCGUGUGGCUCCCUCCUCCUCCUCAAUAAAGCGGAAGGGAGAGAGAGAGAAGACAGUACGCACACAACACGGUGCGAGCCCAGUCACAAGCCGCCUGGGUCCUCACAGCAGCAACAACAUCAGCAGCAGCAACAACAGCAGCAGGGACGUGCCGAAAUGCCGUACCGCGAUCGCGAGGGAAACGUGUGUGGGUUUUUGGACCUUGAGGAGACGGAGGGCAGCAGCAGGUUCCUGCGUCGAUUUUUCCAGUUGGACGUUACCACCAACACACUGAGAUGGUACAUGGACAACCCACAGAAUCUUCCAGAUGGCACUGGUCCACUGGGGAACCUUAGCCUCACUUAUAUCUCUAUGGUUUCAGAUGCUUGCAAACUCAGGCCAAAGGUGGAGAACUGUUUCGUGAUAACCGCCAUCAAGAGGAAGUUCUUUCUGCAGGCAAAUGAUGACCGAGACCUGGAGGAGUGGGUCUCUGAGCUAAACAACCUUUGCAAGAUCACGGUGCCUAGACAGUGCUCAUCCCAGCUGGACAGCAUCGCGGGCCGUCUGGAGGAAAAGGGUGGCUUCCAUCCGCACCACGGAGCCAAGAAAACCGGGCCCUACAAGACCGAGGUGAUUGGAGGUGUGGUCAUCAAAUCACAACUCAGCCAGGAGGAUGAGUCACAGGAAUCCACAGACCGCGGUCACGGAAGGAGGAACCGUAACUCAGCCUCCUCCCUCCCGGCCAUAAAGUCGGGAUUCUGUGUCAAGCUAGGAGCAGUGAUGAAGACCUGGAGGAGAAGGUUCUUUGUUCUCAGUGAGCAUUCGCUGAGUUACUACAAAUCUGAGCAGGAUAAGGAACCCCUGAGGUUGAUUCAUCUGAAGGAUGUGAAGAAUGUAAAACAGUGUGAGCUUGGAGAGCAGAUGAUGCGGGACAAUCUGUUUCAAGUCGUGACUUCAUCCAGGACCUUCUAUGUGCAGGCCGAUAGCCCCAACGACAUGUGGGACUGGAUUCAGGCGAUCAGGAGGGCUUGUGGUAUCACUGGUCGUCUCACAUCUACGGAAUCGGACCCCGGCGUGCAUCCCACGAGCUGGGCAGACCCGGCCGCCACGACGGAUGAGCACGCCGCCACGCGCUCGCUCGCCCCGGCCAGCGUGCCAAUGCGCAGCGUGUCGCUGGGCUCGGAGCACAGCGAGGCGCCACAGGGCGGCGCAGAGAGCGAGCGGCAGUCGGGCCAGGCUGCCGAGUCGGGCUCGAGCCCGGGUUCAAACCCAUACCGGUUUAACUGGGACCUCCUGGAUAGCCUCAGAGCUAGCGUCGUAUAAGUUUACGAUCGAAGUUAACCAGUUGUGUAGUUGCUCCGCAUCUAGGUCGGCCUUACGAAAGGGGAAGAAGAAGAUUCAAGUAAAUUAGCGUUCGGUAAUAUUACAUUGUUACUUAAGUGGCAUGGUGAAUGCAAAUUAGAUGUUUGAUUUACUAUAGAGUACCCAGUGCAUGUUUUACAAAGUCUCGUGCUUAUGCCGCUAUGAAAACCAUAAUAAGUCAUAAUUAAAUUGCAUAAAGGUGAUUUUUUUAAAAUAUGGGACCCAUAAUACACAGAAAAUUCAAAUCAGUUGUGCGUGUUGAUUUUUAUGCUUAUGUUUGUUUUCACAUGCAUUCUAACAUUGUGUAUUGUUGCUAAUGUGUAUUAAGUCACGAAUUGAAAUUAUUCACAUCUUCAUAAAUGUAUGCAUAUUUCAUCAAGUAGUGUUGCAUAUACCAAAGACUUUUAACGCAUUUAAUAGGUAAUGUAACAGCAUGACUGGUGCUCUUAGACACUGUACUAAUUAACUAAAUGCCUAUGCAAUUGUGUUGUAUGUUGAUUUCAUUUUACUUUUACACCCUAUCAAGAUUGUGCACGUUAUUUAGUGGGGUUUCUGUGAGCAAAGCGAAAUAACAAAUUCUGCCACUAUCAAUGGAAUGUGUAAUAUGUUGUAAACCAUGUCACACUGUAAAUGUGCAAAUCGAGUGACGUUUGAAAUUUUCAAA